CGGGCCUUUAUGAAUAACUUCCGGGAGGUUAAAACACGUGUUUGGAAACGUGAAAGAAACCCAAAACAAACAUGAAAAUUAAAAGAUCGAUCGGGACAGAGAAGGGCGAUGGACCUGUUGUCAAGAAACUGAAGAAGAAAGAUUCAUCCUCUGAUUCGAGUGACUCUGAUGAAGAAAUGACAUCACCUGUCAAGGUAAAGAAGUCCCCUGUCAAGGUGAAGAAGUCCCCUGUCCAGGUGAAGAAGCAAGCUGCUAAGCAAGUAAAUGGACACCAGUCUAGUGGGACCUCGGAUUCAGAUUCAGAUUCAGAUUCAGAAUCCGAAUGUGAAAACAAAUCUUCAAAGAAAGCUGUCAAUAAAACUGCAUUGGUGACAAAGAAAGAUGAUUCAAGUAGUUCAGAUAGCUCCAGUGAUUCAGAAGAUGAGAAGAUGGUAAAAAAAGCUACCAAAACUACUCCAACUAUUGCCAAAACUCCACCAACCAAUUCUGUACAAAAGAAGAAAAAAGAUGAUUCAAGUAGUUCAGAUAGCUCCAGUGAUUCAGAAGAUGAGAAGAUGGUAAAAAAAGCUACCAAAACUACUCCAACUAUUGCCAAAACUCCACCAACCAAUUCUGUACAAAAGAAGAAAAAAGAUGAUUCAAGUAGUUCAGAUAGCUCCAGUGAUUCAGAAGAUGAGAAGAUGGUAAAAAAAGCUACCAAAACUACUCCAACUAUUGCCAAAACUCCACCACCCAAUUCUGUACAAAAGAAGAAAAAAGAUGAUUCAAGUAGUUCUGAUAGCUCCAGUGAUUCAGAAGAUGAGAAGAUGGUAAAAAAAGCUACCAAAACUACUCCAACUAUUGCCAAAACUCCACCACCCAAUUCUGUACAAAAGAAGAAAAAAGAUGAUUCAAGUAGUUCUGAUAGCUCCAGUGAUUCAGAAGAUGAAAAGAUUGUGAAAAAAGCUACCAAAACUGCAACUCCUGCAAAAACACCACCAAGCAAGAAAAAAGAUGUUUCUAGUAGUUCUGAUAGCUCAGUUGAUUCUGAAGAUGAGAAGAUAGUAAAAAAAGCUACAAAAGCAGCAACUACUGCUAAAACUCCGCCAACUAAAUCAGUACUUAGCAAACAAAAAGUAGAUUCAAGUAGUUCUGAUAGCUCCAGUGAUUCAGAAGAUGAGAAGAUUGUGAAAAAAGCUACCAAAACUGCAACUCCUGCAAAAACACCACCAAGCAAGAAAAAAGAUGUUUCUAGUACUGAUAGCUCAAUUGAUUCUGAAGAUGAGAAGAUAGUAAAAAAAGCUACCAAAACUGCAACUCCUAUUGCAAAAACUCCAACCAAAUCUGUACUGGUGAAGAAAAAAGGUGAUUCAAGUAGUUCUGAUAGCUCCAGUGAUUCAGAAGAUGAAAAAAUAGGGAACAAAUCUACUAACGCUGCAACUCCUAUUGUGAAAACUCCACCAACCAAGUCGGUUUCAAACAAGAAAAAAGAUGAUUCUAGUAGUUCUGAUAGCUCAAUUGAUUCUGAAGAUGAGAAGAUAGUAAAAAAAGCUACAAAAGCAGCUACUACUGCUAAAACUCCACCAACUAAAUCAGUACUAAGCAAAAAAGAAGUAGAUUCAAGUAGUUCUGAUAGCUCCAGUGAUUCAGAAGAUGAGAAGAUUGUGAAAAAAGCUACCAAAACUGUAACGCCUGCAAAAACUCCCAAAACUGUAACGCCUGCAAAAACUCCACCAACCAAAUUGGUACAAAGCAAGAAAAAAGAUGAUUCAUGUAGUUCUGAUAGCUCCAGUGAUUCAGAAGAUGAGAAGAUUGUGAAAAAAACUACAAAAACUGCAACUCCUAUUGCAAAAACUCCAACAAAAUCUGUAUUGGUGAAGAAAAAAGGUGAUUCAAGUAGUUCUGAUAGCUCCAGUGGUUCAGAAGAUGAGAAGAUUGUGAAAAAAGCUACAAAAACUGCAACUCCUAUUGCAAAAACUCCAACCAAAUCUGUACAAAAGAAGAAAAAAGAUGAUUCAAGUAGUUCUGGUAGCUCCAGUGAUUCAGAAGAUGAGAAGAUUGUGAAAAAAACUACCAAAACUGCAACUCCUAUUGCAAAAACUCCAACAAAAUCUGUAUUGGUGAAGAAAAAAGGUGAUUCAAGUAGUUCUGAUAGCUCCAGUGGUUCAGAAGAUGAGAAGAUUGUGAAAAAAGCUACAAAAACUGCAACUCCUAUUGCAAAAACUCCAACCAAAUCUGUACAAAAGAAGAAAAAAGAUGAUUCAAGUAGUUCUGGUAGCUCCAGUGAUUCAGAAGAUGAGAAAAUUGUGAAAAAAGCUACCAAAACUGUAACUCCUGCAAAAAUAGGGAACAAAUCUACUAACGCUGCAACUCCUGUUGUGAAAACUCCACCAACCAAGUCGGUUUUAAACAAGAAAAAAGAUGAUUCUAGUAGUUCAGAUAGCUCCAGUGAUUCAGAGGAAGAUAAAACUAAGGUUACCAUAGGCAAAACUCCAAUAGCAAAAACUCCAACCAAAGGUGCAUUAGGGAAGAAAAAAAAUGAAUCAAGUAGUUCAGAAAGCUCCAGUGAGUCGGAGGAAAAGAAAACACCUACGAUAACUGUAACUCCAGUUGCAAAAACUCCACCAACCAAAAAGAAAAAAGAUGAUUCAAGUAGUUCUGAUAGCUCCAGUGAUUCAGAAGAUGAGAAGAUUGUGAAAAAAACUACCAAAACUGUAACUCCUGCAAAAACUCCACCAACCAAAUUGGUACAAAGCAAGAAAAAAGAUGAUUCAAGUAGUUCUGGUAGCUCCAGUGAUUCAGAAGAUGAGAAGAUUAUGAAAAAAACUACCAAAACUGUAACGCCUGCAAAAACUCCCAAAACUGUAACGCCUGCAAAAACUCCACCAACCAAAUUGGUACAAAGCAAGAAAAAAGAUGAUUCAAGUAGUUCUGAUAGCUCCAGUGAUUCAGAAGAUGAGAAGAUUGUGAAAAAAACUACCAAAACUGUAACGCCUGCAAAAACUCCACCAACCAAAUCAGCACCGAGCAAGAAAAAAGAUGAUUCAAGUAGUUCUGAUAGCUCCAGUGAUUCAGAAGAUGAGAAGAUUGUGACAAAAGCUACCAAAACUGUAACUCCUGUAAAAACUCCACCAACCAAUUCUGUACAAAAGAAGAAAAAAGAUGAUUCAAGUAGUUCUGGUAGCUCCAGUGAUUCAGAAGAUGAGAAGAUUGUGAAAAAAGCUACCAAAACUGCAACUCCUAUUGCAAAAACUCCACCAACCAAAUCAAUACUGAGCAAAAAAAAAGAUGAUUCCAGUAGUUCUGAUAGCUCCAGUGAUUCUGAAGAUGACAAGAUUGUGAAAAAAGCUACCAAAACUGUAACUCCUGCAAAAACUCCACCAACCAAAUCAAUGCUGAGCAAGAAAAAAGAUGAUUCAAGUUGUUCUGAUAGCUCCAGUGAUUCAGAAGAUGAGAAGAUUGUGAAAAAUGCUACCAAAACUGUAACUCCUGCAAAAACUCCACCAACCAAAUCGGUACUGAGCAAGAAAAAAGGUGAUUCAAGUAGUUCUGAUAGCUCCAGUGAUUCUGAAGAUGAGAAGAUUAUGAAAAAAGCUACCAAAUUUGCAAUUCCAGUUAUAAAAUCUCCAGGAAGUAAAUCCAUUCAAGAGAAGAAAAAAGUAGAUUCUGGUAGUUCUAGUGAUUCUGAAGAUGAUAAGAUCAUGAAAAAAGCUACCAAAACUGCAACACCACCUGCAAAAACUCCACCAACCAAGUCAAUACUGAGCAAGAAAAAAGAUGAUUCAAGUAGUUCUGAUAGCUCCAGUGAUUCAGAAGAUGAGAAGAUUGUGAAAAAAGCUACCAAAACUGCAACAACACCUGCAAAAACUCCACCAACCAAAUCAGUACCGAGCAAGAAAAAAGAUGAUUCAAGUAGUUCUGGUAGCUCCAGUGAUUCAGAGGAAGAGAAAACAUUAAAAACAUCAAUUAAAGUCGGAACCAAAGCAACAAAAACUCCACCCUCAAAACUGGCAUCAAGUGGAUUUACAGCAGUUAAGACGAAGAAAAGAAAAGCCUCUUCAAGCAGUUCUGAUAGUUCAAGUGACUCUGAGGAUGACAGUGUCCAAAAAAGCUCAGGAAAGAAACGAAAACUGGACAGCAGCAAUUUGAAUGGUAGUGAGCCAAAAGCUAAGUCUAAUAAAAGAAAAUGUGAUUCGUCCGAUUCAGAUAGUUCUGUAGAUACAGAAGGUAAAAAGAAAAGAAUGAAGACCAGCCUUGGAGGUCUUUCAACAUUAACAAACAAUCACAAUUCACACAACAGUUCAAAGUCAUUAUCAAGGACAGAUAACAAAUCUAGUAGUUCAGAUAGUUCAAGUGAAUCAGACACAAAUUUGAAAGGAAAGACACAGUUGGUUAAAAAGUCCAAAGGCAGACAGGAUUCUAGCUUUGUGGACAGUUCUGGAGAACAGCAGAAACCAAUGAAGUCUUCAUCAGCUCCAGUGACUCCAGUCACAGAGAACAGCUUGAAUGGAGAUUCUGAUCAAAAGACCAAUAGUUCUAAGAAACGAACACCCAAAACUCCUACGACUCCAUUUCGCCGAGUGCCAACUGAAGAUGUAGACGUUGAUCCAAGACUGAGCAAUAACUCGUUUGAGGCAAAGAGUGGAGCUUAUGGAUCGUGGGGUGAGAAAGCCAACAAGGAUUUGAAGAAUACUAAAGGCAAAAGUUUCCGACACGAAAAGACCAAGAAAAAGCGAGGCAGUUACAAGGGUGGACUCAUCGACACAUCUGUCCACUCAAUCAAGUUUGACGAUUGAGGUCUUUCACCAGUAACAGACCUAGCACCAUUAGAUCUACCACAGUUCAUGAAAAAAAGAAGAAGAUGUAUAUGCUGAGUGAAAUGGAUCCAUAGUCUUAGGCAAUUGUCUGCUUUUCCAUUCAGCAGAACGUUUGGUACUGCACUCCAACACACAUCUAUAUAUCGUCGGCGAAAUGACAAAACCUCGUAACUACAUUUUUCUAAAUUUUACAGGAGAGCAAAAAAACCAAUAGUUUUUGAAAAAUAUGUUAUUUUGUUAUAGUCAUUGUUAGGCGAACAUAUUAACAGUUAAUAGUGAUAACUACUUAAUAGUGGGUGUACCAUAUGUGUGAGGUCUACAAAUGUACUUACGACAUUUUACACCUGAAAUGUCGUUGAAAAUAUCAGUUACGACAUUUUGAUCUAGAAUUUAACACAGGUUGAAGGAAAGAGGCAAGAUCUAUACAUGGAUUAAAUACACAUACAAUCAGGUGUAAUUAACUGGUUUUAUUUACAUGUAAUCCAUGUAAUGUGUGAACAUAAUGCAAUGCUGAGCGUCAUGUCCACACUCUAGCUUCCCGCUUUGUAGAUACGACGUUUUGUCAUUUUGUUUCUUGGACCAGUUAUAAUACAAUUGUUUGUCAUGUGACAGUCAACCACUUUCUAAUAGGCGGAUAGUUACGAUUUUUUGACAAAAGCAUAAUAUGAACAUUCUAACUCUGGAAAUUCCAAAAAGUGAUUUCUCGCCAAAAGCGUAGUUACGACCUUUUGUCAUUUCACCAACGAUAUGUAAUCUCUAAAAAGACUUUUUAAGGACACUUGUGAUCCAUACUUGUUGCUGUUGUAAAUAUAGUCAAACCUGCUUAAAUUAUCACCUAUCAAAGGACAUACCACCAUUCACCCAUGGAUGCACUUUUCUUUGUCAGAAUAAAAAAAAAAAAAAAAAAUCACUCUAUCAAGAGAAUCAUAUUACUGUCGUUUGUAUAAAGUACAUUUACUAGGUAACUAAUCUGUAAAAUAAAAAAAAUCAACAGAGGUUAAACUCGGAAAUCUAGAGCUGCCCACCAAGUCCAAGUAACUUUAUUAACCUGUCAAUAACCAAUAAAGGUUAAGGCAUAUCAAUCCCGUGCCAAGUAUUGGUAACUUCAAAAUGCUACAGAGGACGACUAAGUUGUGAUUAUUAGAGGAGCUUCAAAAAUGCUACGGAGGACGACCUACUUGUAAUUAUCUGUGGAACUUCAAAAAUGCUACAGAGGACGACCUCCUUGUAAUUAUCUGUGGAACAACAGGAUUUGGAAAGCAUUCAGAAUGUAUUUUCAUAUUCUUUUUGUUUAAUGAUUACGUAUAUUUGUUAAAAUCUGCCAUUAAGCUAAUGGUGGUGUGGUGCUUAAGGAGUGUGCAGUCUUGAGAGAAUUUGGUAAAGUACAGAUUGGUGUAUUAAGCAGCCGGCUGUGCUAAUGUAGUCACUUUCUGAUACACGUACUUUUCGUUGGUGGCUGCUUAAGACGGGUUUGACUGGACUGAAGUUUUAUGAAAAGGUUCAUUCUCCAUUUCUUGUAAAUGUAUCAUGUAGAUUAGAUUAACCAUUUAGCCAUGAGAAUAACUUUGAGGUUAUGGUUUUGUUUGAAAAUAAUGUGAAUAUCUGUCGUUACCAUUUCUUGACUUUUAUAAUAAUAAUUAUCGUUAAUCUUAAAAACUAACUGGUUACAGAUUGUUGAAAAUAAUUGGUUACAAAUUCUUCAGUGUAAUGUUUUGUAGUUUUAGGUUUUAAAAAAUAACUGGUUACGGAUUGUUGAAAAUAAUGUAUACAAUUAUUUGGUUACUAUAUCGUUGAAAAUAAUUUUGUGGAUUACAUAAUGCUGAAUUAGGAGAUAACCAUAUGGAGUUUUUAGAUUUGUGGGUGUUAUUGUCUAUUUGAUCCCACAAAUGUUAAUUUUGACCGAAGGCGUUAGC